GGAGGGGAGGAGCAGAGGAUUUGAGCUUCGUCGCCUCAUUGAAGAACGCUACAAACUUAGCUAGUUUAGGCCUAGAUGGAAACAGCUUUGGUGGGGUGCUGCCUCCUGCAUUUUGGAACCUCUCCACCACCAUUUCAAGGAUGUUCUUGAGCCAGAAUCAGAUCUCCGGCACUAUUCCAGACGACAUGGGGAAGUUUGUCGAGCUGCAGGAUCUAAGGGUGAACAAUAACAGAUUCUUAGGCAUGAUCCCUUCUAGCAUAGGACGCCUUCGAAAUCUGCAGUUCUUGGACUUGUCUGGCAACGAUUUCUCGAGCAGAAUCCCCUCUACUAUUGGAAAUUUGAGCCUUCUGCUUUAUAUGUAUCUCUCUUACAACAAUCUUGGCAGUUUUAUACCAUCAAGUAUUGGGAAUUGCCAGAAGCUGUUGGAGUUGAAUCUAUCUCGGAACGGUUUGACUGGUUCUCUACCUAAAGAAGUUGUGAGCAUUCCCUCAUUGAGAAGCAUGGAUCUUUCUCAAAACCAGCUGAACAGCACUCUUCCUGCAGAGAUUGGAAGCCUGAAGAAUCUCGAGUACUUCAAUGUUUCAAGAAACGGACUCGUUGGCAGUGUGCCUAACAGCGUUGGUGGCUGCGUGAAGCUGGAGUUCCUCGACUUGCAAGGGAAUUCCCUCCGAGGGAAUAUCCCUUCAAGCCUCAGCGCAUUGAGGGGCCUUCGAGUUCUAGACCUUUCGCGCAACAGAUUUGAUGGCCUCGUCCCAGAGUACUUGGCAGAGUUCACCUUGUUAGCCUUGAACCUCUCGUUCAAUGAUCUUGAAGGCGCGUUGCCUCAAGGUGGCGUGUUCAAUAAUGCAAGCGCAGUUUCAGUAGCCGGGAACCCUAAGCUCUGCGGAGGCGUGCCUGAGCUCAGACUACCAAAAUGCAAUCUCAAACACCACAAGAAGUCGAACUUGAAGUUGAAGAUAGUGAUGAUCUCUACUACAUUAGCAUUAGCUGUCAUUGUUGGUGGUGCUCUUGUCUUCUUUUGUCUGAAGAGAAGGAGGCCUCCGCCUCCGUCUAAUCCAUUUGCCAAUACUCUGCUGCAAGUGUCGUACCAGACGCUCUCCCAAGCCACGGGCGGAUUUUCAGAGGAGAGCUUACUCGGUGCUGGCAGCUACGGAGCAGUGUACAGAGGAGCUCUUGGAGAAGACGAGAAGCUCGUUGCGGUGAAAGUGUUGAACCUUUCGCAGCGUGGAGCUGUGAGAAGCUUCGUAGCUGAGUGUGAGGCGUUGAGAAACAUCAGGCACCGGAAUCUUGUCAAAGUAGUCACGGCUUGCUCCGGCUUUGAUCUGCAGGGGAAUGACUUCAAGGCCUUGGUUUAUGAGUUCAUGCCUAAUGGCAGCCUCGACGACUGGCUGCACCCGGAUCCAGACGAAGAGGAUCAGAGACGAGGGCGAGCCAGGAGACUAGGCCUAGCUCAGAGGGUCAGCAUUGCCAUAGAUGUUGCAUGUGCAGUUGAUUAUCUGCACCAGCAAUGUGCAGAGCCUAUCAUCCAUUGUGACAUCAAGCCGAGCAACGUCCUACUAGACGAUGACCUAGUCGGGCACGUGGGCGAUUUCGGGCUUGCAAGAUUCCUCACUAAAGCUACAACACAUCAACAGAGUUCUAGCCUGAUCAGAGGCACCAUUGGCUACACUGCUCCAGAAUACGGGUUUGGAGGCGAGCCAACAACGUGUGGUGAUGUGUACAGCUUCGGAAUCCUGCUGUUGGAGAUGUUCAGUGGCAGAAGGCCAACAGAUGAGAUGUUCAGAGAUGGAUUUGGGAUUCAUAGCUUUGUUGGGAACUGUCUGGUCGAGGAAGCUAAGGAGGUCGUAGAUCCUUGGCUCUUGAGAGAAAUGGAAGAUGCAGUGAGAUUCAGCAUUGGUGAUGGAGAUCAAAGCUUCAUGGAACAGCAUAAGCUUAGACAGUUAGUGUUUGAGGUUCUUAACGUUGGAGUUGCUUGCUCGGUCGACUCGGCCAAGGAGAGGAUGACCAUUUCUGAUGCGGUUGGUAGGUUGCAGUCCAUCAGAGACUGUGUUGCAAACGGGCGAUGAUAUCGUCGGGGAUGCCACAUCGGAUCCACGCCUCCGAGUGUGGAAUGAUAGCCCCAUGUGUUAUAUUAGGUGUAGACUUAGGGGAUGUAUUUAAUUCGGAUUUUAAAAAAUCUUCAAUUAUAACUCUUAAAUAUCCAUCGAAUCUGGUGAUAUUGAAAAUUUGUAGGAUUCUAAUAUAUCAUGAAUUUU